GGAGCCGCAAGAGCAAAAAUUAUAAUAAUAAACCAGUCAGAGGAGUCUGUCCCGGUGUCUCCUUCAGUGUCCCGGUCUGUCCCGGUCUCUGUCCCGGGUCCGGUCUCCUCUCCGCCGCCAUGCCGAGCCGUCAGAAGCGGCUGCUGCUGUCGGCCGGUGGUCUGUCCGGGCUCUGCUGCGCGCUGACGGCCGCCGUGUGCACAGGGCUGCCGCUGUGGGUCAGCGGGGCCGUGCUGUGCCGCACCGGGGCCGAGCUGGUCAAUGCCACCGGGGCAGAGCUGGACCAGUUCCUGGGAGACCUAAACUACGGCCUGUUCACCGGCCAGAGGGUGAAGCAGUGCGGGCUGGGGGGCCGGCCGUCCCGCUUCUCCGUCUUCUCUGACCUGCUGAGCGCCGUCCCGGUCGGCCUCCACGUCUCCGUCAUCUUCUUCUGUGGUGUGGUGGUGCUAUUCUCCUCUGUGGCCACCGGCUUCUUCUUCUUCAACGCCUUUGGACGCCCGUACGAGACACUGCACGGCCCCCUGGGACUCUACCUGUGGAGCUUCAUCUGCUGCGUCUGCAGCGCUCUGGUGAUGGUUCUGUUCGCGUCGGAGGUGAAACUUCAUCAUCUGUCCGACCGGAUCGCCAACUUCAACGAGGUGAGCUUUGUGUUCCAGACGCACACAGAGCACUACGACCGCUGCUUCUGGCUCUUCUUCCUCGUCUUCACACUCCACGCUCUCAACUUCCUGCUCAUCCGGCUGGCGGGAACACAGUUCCCCUUCCAGGAGACCAAGGAGGCGGAGCUGAGUGGGGGUGCCGCCGACCUCAUGUACUAGAGACUAGAGACUUCUUGUCUGAACAAGAGAAACGUCUCCACCUCGAUACGUUUAGUUAUAAAACAUUUCUAUCAUCAGAUCCUGACGGAUCAAACAGGAAACUAUUCUGAUCAGAACGUCUCGAUUUCACCUCAUCGCUUCAUGUUUAACGUGUUCAUUAGAAAACAUCACAACAGAGAAAACACACACACACACACACACACACACACACACACACACACACACAGACAGACAGAGAAAAACCUCCCAAAAAACUAAAGAGACUCAGUUUAAAGUCACGUUUAAGAUUUCUGACAGCAAGAGAUCAAUAAUCAGCCAAUUAUCAAUCAUCAGCCAAUAAUCAAUCAAUUAUCAGCCAAUAAUCAAUGAAUCAAUAAUCAAUCAAUAAAUUAUUAGGUUUUAAAAGUCCUUUGCAUGAUGAAACCUGAUCGAUCAGUGUAUUGAUCAAACAGUGUAUCAGUGUACUGAUCAGUCAGUGUAUCAGUGUAUUGUUCGCAGUAAACUGAGUCUCUUUGAGGACAUUUGUCUCUUAGAUUUAAAUGUUUUAUUUAACAGUUUGUGGAUGUUUAACUUGUUUCUUUCAUGUUAUUUUACAAUAAACAAUGAUAAAAAGGA